AUGUCGCACACACACACGGCCCACUGUAAAGUUGACCAUUAUUAUAAACUGGAAAAGAAAUAUAUGGACAUGAAGAGGCUAGUCAUGGAAAGAACUGAGGAGCUAAGAAGGAGAGACAAGAUAAUAGCAAUGUUGGAAAAUGAGAUCGACGAUCGAGACGUAACAAUUCGAUAUUUGAAAAACGAAAUCGAUAAAUUUCGACAAGUGGUCAAACCACUGACGAGACAAAUGAUAGACAUACAAAGGAAUGGAGUAGAAGUUGAGGAAGAGUGUUUAGUAAUUCGAUCGCCCGGUAUUGAAAACACGAGGAUAUUACCAUUAGGUGAACCAAGGUUAAAAAGGACAGCCAUAUCCGCUGAACCACUGUCGGCCUUUACUCAAGAUUGCGAAAUGAAAUUAGUUAAAAUAACGAAGAGUCCAAAAUCUCGGGAGUUAAUAAAGAGCGCGAUCUUGGACAACGAUUUCAUGAAAAAUUUGGAAAUGACACAGAUAAGAGAAAUUGUAGAUUGCAUGUAUCCAGUAGAGUACGCUGCUGGUAGUGUAAUUAUCAAGGAGGGAGAUGUUGGCAGCAUUGUCUACGUUAUGGAAGGUAAUCUUCGGUUCAGUUACGCUCACUCAGUGAACAAUCUCACCCACUCUGGCCUUAAUACUCAGUUGAGUACUGACUUACUUACGAAAUCUAAAUCCGGCCCAGAAGACGACUCUGCGCAAGAGCCGAUUUGGUAUUAUUAUAGAAAAUAUGGGGCAUUAGGUACCUUAGUUGGCCGAUAUCUUAAAUUGAACAAUUGA